AUGUCAGUACAAAGUAGUAAUGCAGUAAGCUCGUUCAUUCGGAAUCCAUUUUGUUCCAAAUUGGAUUUCAAACAACACAAUUGUGCCGGCGGCACUGGGAAUGGUGGUGGCGUCGUCGGCAAUCAUCAUAACACUGGACACGGAACAACAACAAAUAGUGGUGGAGUACCCGGCGGCGGUGGCGGUGGUGGACCAGGUAGUGGUGUACCCGGUGGUGGUGGAACAAGUAAUGGUCCAAAUUCAUUGAUUAGUAACGGUCCAAGUAGUAGUGGAACUGGUGGUAGUAAUGCACAAAAUUCUGGUACUGGAACAACAACAAAUAAUUCAUUAACAAAUAACACCAUCGUCAAUUGA